AUGGAAGAUGCAAAUCGCAGUAGACAGCAUGUUAAAGAAACCGACUUUGUGCCGAUUGCGAUCAUUGGUGCUGGCUUUUCUGGAAUCGCAGCUGGGUGCCGAAUAAAAGAGAAACUUGGGUUUAGUCAAUUCAAGAUAUUUGACCGAAUGGGGGAGGUCGGGGGAGUUUGGAGCAGGCAGAUAUAUCCUGGGGUUGCUUGCGAUAUUCCUGCACCAUUAUACUCUCUUUCAUUUGCUCAAAACCUUGAAUGGUCCACCUUCACUCCACCUGGAAAAGAAAUCCAACACUAUCUGGAUAGUGUUUGCAAAAGAUAUAGAAUUAACGACAACAUCCAGCUCAACACCGAAAUCACUCAUCUGCAGUGGGAAGUCUGCUCGAGCCAGUGGAGAGUAACUGGCACAGUUAUACACGAGGGAAAAGUUAGAACGCCAUUUUCCUUGUACGCAAAGGUGAUAAUUAACGCUGCUGGUAAAUUUAUUGAACCCAAUCUUGUCGGUAUACAAGACGUCCCCGGAUUUGAAGAUUUUAAAGGCGACGUUUUACACACUUCAAACUGGGACAGCACUUUAAAUUUAGAAGGAAAGAAUGUCCUAGUUGUGGGUUCAGGCUGCACGGCUGCCCAAAUCGUCCCGUCUCUUUUGAAAACUACUGCCAAUGUGAAAACUGUGACCCAGCUUAUGAGAUCAGCUCCGUGGGUUAGACCAAGGUUCCUAUCCAAAAAAGCCAUGGGUCUCUGGGAGACACAUUUGCCGUGGCUAAUACAGACUAUACCACUCCUUGCAGUUAUUAUUCGCGGAAUUAUUUUCCUCGUCACAGAGAGCCAAUUUUUCUUGAUAUUCGGUAGUCGCUCUGGCCGGAAAAGACUCAAAAAAAAACUUAUUCGAUACAUUCAGCAAGCUGCCCCGGAAAAAUAUCACGAAAUACUUACUCCAAAUUAUGAAGUUGGUUGUAAACGAUUCGUGCAGGAUGCUACAUGGUUCGAAAGUCUUCAUGAUCCACGAAUGCAUCUCACAACUGAAACUUUGAAGAGGAUAACAAAAGAUGCCGUGGUUUUAGAGAGCCAAGGCAAUGGUGAGGAAAGAGUGAUUCCGGCCGAUGUCAUUGUCCUAGCUACCGGUUAUGAUACUUCAACAUUUUUCCCCAGCAUAAAAACCACUGGAAAAGAUGGUCUUGAGCUGCAUCAAGUCUGGACUGAAAGAGGUGGGCCUCAAGCCUAUAUGGGGAUUGCAAUUGAUAAAUUUCCGAAUCUUUUCUUACUAGGGGGGCCAAAUUCAUCCAGCGGCCACACCAGCGUCAUCAUCAACAUCGAGAAUGGGCUUAGUUACAUCCUGAACCUUUUAAGACCAAUUGUCAAUGGAGAAGUUAGCACAUGGGAGAUCAAAGAAUAUGCAUGUACACGAUGGACGGCACGUAUUCAAGAGGCAUCGAAAAAUCGCGUGUGGAAAACUGGUGGCUGUAGUAACUGGUAUAUUGGAAAGAACGGGUGGAACGGGACAGUUUAUCCGUAA